UUUAUACAUUAUGUCGACGUCAACUACUGUCAAACGAGCUCGGGUAACGGCGAGAAUUGCUCAAGCAGAAAACACAAGUUUGCCGACGUCUUCGGAAAUUACUCAACAACUUUUGGAGCAGACGGAAGGAAAACGAAAACAACUUGAUAAAAAGUGUGGUGAAUAUGAGCAAUUAUGCAAGAAAACUGCUAAACUGAAAGCUGAGAAAAGUCGAUUAGAUGUGGAAAGUACACAACUCACGGCACAAUCAGACGAAAUAGAUCAAUCGUUCACGAAGGUUGAGCAGAACGCCGAAGCAAGCUUCUUAUUGCAACAACAAAAGAACAAUGAAAUGAAUGAGGCUGUGCAACAAUGGGCGGCCGUCGAUGUAAAAGAGGAGAAACUAUACGUUGACUUGACACAUGAAACGGAACUCGAGAAACAGUUCAAGGAAAGAUAUGACGAGAUUACAAGGAACCUUGAGCUUCUGGGAGCAGAAGCUGGAUCAGAUGAGAAACUGUAUUAUCAGAUGGAAAGUGCCUUUGAUAACGAUAUGCGAACCGAAAAGACUUUAGAACAAUAUUUAACCCGCUUGAUUGAUGAUGUUUUUGUGAAUCAAAGGCGAUUGGAAGAUAUACAGAUUGGAACAUCAAGGGGGCGAGCUAAUUUUAGACAAGCGGAAAAGGCUCUUAGAGAUCAAAGGACAAGGCACCGACGCCUAAGCUCACAGAUAACUGGGACUACGGUUCAUCAAACGGGAAACAUUCUCGAAAAUAAUGACACAGAGAAGGACACGGAGAUUGAACAAAAAUUGACUGAUUUGGGAAAAGCGUGGGCUUUGCUGGAAGACAAAAUCCGGCUCAAGGAGUUUGAGUUGGCGGAAGAGUCAAAAAAGGUGCACAAAAAACUAGCGAUUUUGAAUAGGCAACACUCUAGCGCCGCUGCAGACGAUGACAAACGAAAACAACUGAGAAUCGCAAAGGAUUAUGCAGAUUUACAAUCGCUAACACCAAUGUAUGCUGCAUAUACAGCGACAUUAAGUUUGAAUCAUAAUUUGUCAGAGAAGCUAAAUGUUCCGAAAAAUUUAGAAAGCUCUCUGAAAGAGUCUGAAUUGUCAAAAUUUUCUUCAAAACUUACUACGCCGGAUUCAGUGUUGGAUUUCAAAGACGCAGUAGAUGAAUUUCCCGAUUAUACACAAAUGAGUGCAAGUAGGAAAAAGAUUCUUCGGGACACUGAACAUGAAGCCCAACGAGUUUUGAAUCACGAGUUGAAACAGCUUGAAGGGACUGUUAGCGGCCAAAGACAAGAGACACAAGCCCUUGGAAAAGAUGUUAAAUGGUUGAAAGAAAAUAUUCAGCUCCGACAGGCAGACAUUCGUUUUUAUACAUCAAAGACUGAAGAACUUAUUGAAAAAGCAAAAAAGGAGGAUCAAGAAAAACUCACCUUACAACAGAAAUCACAAAAAAGUGGAGGAUUGCUUUCAGCGGAUAUCUUCGCAUCAAGAGGUGACGUUCUGGAGUUGCGCGAGAAACGGCUUAUAAUGGAAAAUGAAAGGAACUUACUCACUAAUCAGAUCAAGGAAAACAGUCUUGAAUGCGAUCGACUAAAUUCUCAAUGGAUGAUAUUAAAAGGAUUUGCAAAGAGUGUGGACUUUGAUACACUUCGACAAUUGAAUGGAGAAGUGGAACACUGGAAACUAAAAGUAAAUCAGUUACAAGAUCAAAUCGAAAAACUUCAAAAAAUGGAAAACUAUGCAUCAUUAGCAAAUGGACAGUUACGAACAAAUCUUGCGCUGUUGAAACCCUAUGAUGAGGAGUAUCAGGAAUUCGAGAGCCUAGUGGAAACAAAAAAGCAGUUAAACAGUCAACUCGCGAGACAAGAGUUUAAAAAAAGCGUAGAGAAGUUGAAGCAAGAUGGAGAUAUUGAAAUAAUUUUUUGAUUUGGUUUCUUUUUGAGUUUCUGUGGUUUUUUUCAUUACAGCAAACGUUUGAAAAAAUGCAAUCGGUUUA